AUGCCAAAAGACGACCCAUCUCAUCCACCACCCCUCAAACGAGGUGAUGCCUGCCUAUACUGCAGGAAGAGGCGAAUCAGAUGUUCAGCCGAUAAACCAACUUGUCAACAUUGUUUGAAAUCAGGUAGAGAAUGCGUUUACGAUUCAGGUAAACCCGUUAGCAGAGUGAAACAGCUGGAAGAGAAAGUAGCACAGUUGGAGAACCUUCUGAAGUCCAGUGCAGGCAAGGAUAAUAGUGAAGAUAAUGGUAGAAGGGAGAGUAAUACUAGCACUGCAUCGACCUCUCAACCUCCUCCUUUACUGCAUCAUUCUUCAAGUAGCUCAUCUCAAUCUCAAGAUGUACCCAUGGACCUAUCGGGAAUGGGAACAGGAGAACCCUCAUCAUCAACUUCGUAUGGUUACUCAAUCAACAACGAGAACUUUGAUAUCAACAUGUUCGACGCUAUACUAGGUAGUAGUACUGGUCAGAAUACCGGUUCUUCAAGUCAUAAUAGUUUUGCAAGUUUCGGUGGUGCUUUCUUCAGUGGGAGUGCAAGUACCGGUGCGACACCAAACUUUUUCGGAUUUGUCAACUCAUCUUCACCAACUGCACAGAAUCCAGAAAGCCUGUUUGACUUUAACAUGUUAGAUCCGAACUAUAUGAAUUUAUUAAAUUCUUUUGGAGAUACUUCUACUGGUCCUUCCGCUGCUGCUCAGCCCACUGUGAAUUCAGAUCCCCAGUCGCAUUUCCAAUCACCCAAUAUUAAUGCAAAUUCAUCGGUUCCUAUUCAUCAUCCUCAUCCUCAUCCUUCAUUCGGUGCUUUUCCCCAUCCUCAUCCCGGUGGACCCCCUCAGCCACCUACAGCCAGUAUCAAUGAACCCAUCUCAGCUUCUCUUGGAUAUUACGAUCCCAAUAGUACCAGUUGUCCCAUGCACCUCAGCUCAGACGACUCAAAUGUGCCAUCUUCAUUCAAUCAGCCCCAGUCCGAACCCCAGACAAAUCCAUCAAAUCCUGUACACGGUACCUCUUCUUCUUCCUUGAACCAACCCGUCAACUCACGUAAUCCCGAAGACAUCGCACGAGCAUUCUUCGACACCCUCAGUCAUAAUAACACGCUUACCGAAUCAGAAAGCAGAAUAGCUGAGGUACUUAGAUCAUCACAGUUGAAACAACCCGUAUCAUCAGAUCCAGAAUCGUUCUUGAAGGCUGUCGAAAAAUCAAUGGAACGUACCGUGGGUGCCGAUAGGCAUACAUCGAUCACAACAGGUAAAGAUGAUACGAAAAAUCAACAAGAACUGAAUUCACAACAGUGGGUAACGGGUAUAACGGACUCUUCAACUCUCAUCGAUCCGGCUGGUCCAGGUACAAGCCCUCCCGCUACUACCGACAGCAGUGGUGGAUUGAGAAGCUCGGUGCCGUUUUAUGAUCCCCAAGAAGAUAUUGCAGAAGAUGAGGGGUCGAAUACGUUGGUUGGUGGUUGGUUCGAUGCUCAUGAUUUACCAAAAGUUGCAAGGGAUCAUCUAUUGGAUCUGUUCUUCUCGGGGAUGAGGUUGUUUGGACAGGAGUUUCACGUACCGAGAUUCAUGGCCAGUCUUACGCUCCCUGCCCAUAAACGACCUCAUCCAUGUUUACUAUACUCCAUGUACACCCUCGCAUCUAGGAUAUCCGAUUCCCCACCUAUCAGACAAUUAGAACCUCAUUUCUACAAGAUCGCUUCUAGUCAGCUGGAAACUUCCAUCGGUAUGGCCGAUAGGUUAUUGGAUGCUACGAGGGCUUCUACGCUGUUGGCUAUCUACAAGUACAGUAAAGCUAGGUAUCAUGAAGGAUGGAUGAUGACCGGCCAGGCUGCUAGACUCGCUGUAUCCUGCGGACUACACCAAAUCCCCUCAUCAGUCUUCAAACCCUCCAACUUACCUCACCUCAAUGCUGACCUGGUAGGAAUGAUGAGACAUCGAUCAUAUGUCUUACCCCCACCUAAGGAUGCUAUAGAGCUAGGAGAGAGGAUAUGGUGUUUCUGGUCAAUCUACGUCACAGAUCGAUGUGGAAGUAUAUCAACUCAGUGGCCUCCGGCCAUCUCGGAUGAAGUGAUCACUACACCUUUCCCUAGGCCUUUGCACGAGUACGAGCUCGGCCUCGUCACUGAACAAGAUGACCAUCAUUCCAUACAAUCGAUAUACAAACCUUCACCUCAUCAUAACCCUCUACCACACUACGCAGAGACCACCCUCAUCUCCAUCAGAUUACGUGCUAUCUGCAUAUUGGAAAGAGCUUCGAAAUUGAUGUAUCACUCUCCCGAAGAAGGUUGGGAAAGAUCCUUACCAAUGCUCAACCCUACUUCCACCUCCACUACUUAUUCCAACUCGAAUUCGAACUCGCCAACAAGUAAUAUAGAUGAUUAUAUCUAUUCGCAGAUCAGUACUGCAGCAGGUUUCGUGCCUUCUUAUCAAACUAGCAGUGGCGGUACGCACCAUAGUAGUACUAGUCAUAGUAGGAGUAAAGAAGGAUGGACAAGAACAGCUCGAAUUAGGACACCAAAAGCGUAUGAAGAAGUGAAACAGGCUUUACUCAAGAUCGAAUCUGAUUUACCACCUGAAUGGAGAGUUGAAUGGUGGAAAUGGGAUGGCAAAGUACAAGAAUGGCAUUUCACCAAAGCUAGAAAAGACCUUAUAACGCUGCACUUUGUUUUAGGCUGCGCAUGGAUGUUCCUCUAUGAUGUUUUCUCAUUUAGCGCUGAGAACAUCGAUGCGAUCAACGUGGCCAAGAGAUUGACUGUAACUGUUAGAUUUGUUUCUAAGGAGGCCAUGACUAGUGAUUUGGAUGUGUUUAUCGCUAUGACAUGGUCAUUCAUCUCUAAGAUCUUGAUCAGGGAAAUGAAGAGAUUACAAUCCCUUGGUGAUGUUGCAGGUGCAAACUCUCUUGAACCUGAUGUCCAAAUACUCGUCACGGCCCUUCGAGAAUUCGGACAACGUUAUACGAUCGGUACGAUGCAGGCUAUGCGUACUGAGAGAUAUAGAAAGACAACGAAGGAAGAAACUUCUUUCUUGUAUAAGGCAGAUAAACGAAAUCAACGUCAAGAAGAUGGCGACGACGACAGUGAUGGUGAAGAAAAAGAUGUUGAUGAAGAGAGGAUUUCAUUUGUCGAUGUGAGAGAUACGAUGGGUGGUACAGAAGAUUGGAGGACAACAGCAUUAGGAUCGAGAUUGGGUGGAGAAUGA